UAAAAGAAGAGGGAGGAAUAUAUAUCCUGAAGCUGGAAAAAAAACUUCCUUUGCUUUCUGAACUUUUCCGUUUGGUCUCCAGCAGGCAGGAGCGAGUCUGGCCAUUCCCCUUGCUUGCGUUCCUCCCAGACUGGUCUUGCCAUCCUCCUCCAAAGUAGACCUCUCUCCUUCUUCCCUUCCCCACUCGCUCCAACCCUCAAACAGCAAGGCCUUCAAUCCGUACAUCUCCCGGGCCGGAUAUCUCAAUUACAAAGUUGGAGAGGGAGUACUGAGUCCAGAAAGGACCACAGAGACCACCAGUGUGCCCAUCGGCUGUCCUAGGCUUGGUCCACACCUGAGCAGUUCCCUGGGUGCGACCCCUCUUCUCUCCCAGCCUCAGCGCUCAGACACUUGUGCUCAUCUAUCGCGCAGCUCCCUAGCGGCGAGAGGGAGAACGAGCACAGGGGGUGGAGAGUGUAAGGGUGCGCAGGUGGGAGGAACCCACCUCGGGAGCCCGGGAAACCCCGGCCGUGCCACCGCCCCCAACUUUGUGGCGCCCUCCAACAGCGGCUGCAAGGAUGGAGCUGCCUCCCAGCAGCCGGGCGCUGCUGGACUCGCCGCUGGAUAGCGCCUCCCUAACCUCGCUGGACUCCAGCGUUUUCUGCAGCGAGGGAGAAGGGGAGCCCCUGGCGCUCGGGGACAGUUUCACGGUCAAUGUGGGCGGCAGCCGUUUCGUGCUCUCGCAGCAAGCGCUGUCCUGCUUCCCGCACACGCGCCUUGGCAAGCUGGCCGUGGUGGUGGCCUCGUGCCGGCGCCCAGGGGCCCUGGCCGCCGUGCCCAGUCCACUGGAGCUCUGUGACGACGCCAAUCCCGUAGACAACGAGUACUUCUUCGACCGGAGCUCGCAAGCAUUCCGCUAUGUUCUGCACUACUAUCGCACCGGCCGCCUGCACGUCAUGGAGCAGCUGUGCGCGCUCUCCUUCCUCCAGGAGAUCCAGUAUUGGGGCAUCGAUGAGCUCAGCAUCGACUCCUGCUGCAGGGACAGAUACUUCAGAAGAAAGGAGCUGAGUGAAACUUUAGACUUUAAGAAGGACACAGAAGACCAGGAAAGUCAACAUGAGAGUGAACAGGACUUCUCCCAAGGACCUUGUCCCACGGUCCGCCAGAAGCUCUGGAACAUCCUGGAGAAGCCUGGGUCUUCCACAGCUGCCCGAAUCUUUGGGGUCAUCUCCAUUAUCUUCGUGGCAGUGUCCAUCGUCAACAUGGCCCUGAUGUCAGCCGAGUUAAGCUGGCUGGACCUGCAGCUGCUGGAAAUUCUGGAAUAUGUGUGCAUUAGCUGGUUCACCGGGGAGUUUGUCCUCCGCUUCCUAUGUGUGCGGGACAGGUGCCGAUUCCUGAGAAAGGUGCCAAACAUCAUUGACCUCCUUGCCAUCUUGCCCUUCUACAUCACUCUUCUGGUAGAGAGCCUGAGUGGAAGCCAGACUACACAGGAGCUGGAAAACGUGGGGCGCAUCGUCCAGGUUUUAAGGCUGCUCAGGGCUCUGCGCAUGCUCAAACUGGGCAGGCAUUCAACAGGUUUACGGUCACUUGGAAUGACAAUCACCCAGUGUUACGAGGAAGUUGGCCUGCUACUCCUAUUUCUGUCUGUGGGAAUCUCUAUAUUUUCCACCGUGGAGUAUUUCGCUGAGCAGAGCAUCCCUGACACAACCUUCACAAGUGUCCCUUGUGCGUGGUGGUGGGCCACGACUUCCAUGACUACCGUGGGGUAUGGGGAUAUCAGACCAGACACAACCACGGGCAAAAUUGUGGCCUUUGUGUGUAUCUUAUCAGGAAUCCUUGUCUUGGCCUUGCCUAUCGCUAUUAUUAAUGACCGCUUCUCUGCCUGCUACUUCACCUUAAAGCUCAAGGAAGCAGCUGUUAGACAGCGCGAAGCUUUGAAGAAGCUUACCAAGAAUAUAGCCACUGACUCAUACAUCAGUGUUAACCUAAGAGAUGUCUAUGCUCGGAGUAUCAUGGAGAUGCUUCGAUUAAAAGGCAGAGAAAGAGCAAGUACCAGGAGCAGUGGAGGAGAUGAUUUCUGGUUUUGA